AUGGAAGCCGGCACUCUAGGGCUGCCGUCCCAGCUCUUGCUUGCUCACGGCGCUUGGUUGAUCAACGUGUUUUCACUCCCUUGUCUAGGACACUGUUCAAGCACGACCUUCUUCAGCAACGGCACCCAGGAGUGCGCGAAUUGCAACUACUUCAACGAUCUCAGUUGCCCAGCCAACAAGAAGGUGUGCUGCCCAAACGGGUUGUGCGCGCCAACGAAUGCUGGCUGCACUUGCACCACCUCCGGCCAGUGCCCCUCCGGCUACUGCUGCACGGAAGAAAGUUCCGGCAAAACAGGCGAGUCGUCUCGUCGCCCUUCGUCUGAAAGCCCGAAUGAAGACCGGAUUCUGACUGGUACUUGUUACAACUCGCCGAUCCUUCCAAAUGGCACACAAAUCUGCCCGAACUGCUAUAACUUGAACGGCCUCAAGUGCCCGGCCAACAGGAAGUCGUGCUGCCCAAACGGGCUCUGCGCCGCAAAUUAUGCCGGCUGCACCUGCCAGGGUUCAUAUGACUGCCCGGAGGGUUACUGCUGCACGGAAGAAAGCUCCGGCAACACAGGCAAAUGCACGAACGCCCCCAUCAACAGCAGUGGCAAGCAGGUGUGUCCGGACUGCAACUAUUGGUAUACGGUGAGCUGCCCCGCCAGCAAAGCAACGUGCUGCGCGUAUUCGGGGCAGUGUGCCGCGUCGGAAGCUUCGUGCCCGUGUAAAGCAUCCGAUUCUUGCCCCCCCAACUACUGCUGUAGCCGCGAGUACGAGUACACGUCCACCGGGGAUUUCGUGCAAGGGAAAUGCACGAACGCCCCCAUCAACAGCAGCGGCAAGCAGGUGUGUCCGAACUGCAAUUAUUGGUACGGGCUGAGCUGCCCCGCCAGCAAAGGGACGUGCUGCCCAUUGGGUCAGUGCGCCGCAUCUGAAGCCUCCUGUCCGUGUCGCGGCCCCGGUGAUUGCCCGUACAGCUACUGCUGCACCCACGAGUACGAGACGACGCUGCAAGGAGGCGUCUGCACGGACACACCCGUCCUCGCCAACGGCACCCAAGUGUGCCCGUACUGUACCGACUUCAAUGGCGCGAGCUGCCCCGCUAACAAGAGCGUGUGUUGCCCAUACGGAGAAUGCGCGGCAGACGACCUCAGCUGCAGUUGCCUCGGUUCCGGCGACUGCCCGAGAGGGUUUUGCUGCACUGAGGACUACAGCGGCAAUACUGGGAAGUGCAUGAACAAGCCAAUCGACAGCACCGGGAAGCAGGUGUGCCCCAACUGCUACGACUUCAACGGACUCAGCUGCCCGGCCAACCGGAGAACGUGUUGCAACGAUGGAAUGUGCAAGGCGGCGUGCUAG